AUGGGGCUCAAGAUCCAAAAUGUGAAUCUCGAAGACUUCGAUAUUAUGAUAAAUCACGCCAACAUCUACCCACCAGGUGACGACCUUGUGGGUCCUCCAACACCAUUCUUCUGGUCAGUCAUCUCACAAAUGGAGGCACAAGAACGCCUCCAACUACACAUGACCAAACAAAAAUCACGAUUUCUUGGCGAUCGAACAGCAACAUACCUCAAAGUCAUCGACGAACAAACCCAAGAAAUCGUCAGCAUAGCUCGGUGGCACUAUUACCCAAAUGGGUUCUCCUUCGAAGAUGCCAAUGGGUGGGAAAUUCACAGCCCUGUAGAGGGCCAACCAUUUCCGAAGGGAAUGAACAUUGAGCUGCAUAAUUUCAUUCUCACGCAAAGAGAUCUUGAGAGGAAAAAUUGGAUAGUUACGGGUGAGCCAUGCUGGAUUCUGAUGCAUUUGGUCACUAGAAGUUCUCAGAGAGGUCGAGGUGCAGCAGGUUUGCUGAUUGCGUGGGGAAUUAACAAAGCAAAAGCGGACAGGGUUUCUGUAUACCUAGAAGCAGCCCAGACGGCAAAGCCUUUGUACGAGAGACACGGAUUCAAGCAGAUAGGAGAUCUUCUGAAAAUGGACUUGAGAACGCAUGGUGUUGAUAUGGAGUUGGCGAUGGUUAAGAUGGGCAUUCUGCCGCCGACGGUGGAUCAUUAG